AUGAAAAUAAUCAUCGAUACAGACCCUGGUCAAGAUGAUGCCAUAACUGCUUUGAUUGCGAUUGCUAGUUCAAAAAUCAAUUUAUUAGGUGUAACAACAGUUGCCGGAAAUGUCCCUGUUUCUAUGACCACGAGGAAUGCGUUACAAAUGUUAGAUUUAGCAGGUCGCCCAGACAUUCCAGUUCACGCGGGAGCAGAUAAGCCGCUGCUACGGACUCCAAUUACAGCCACUCAUGUUCAUGGUGCUAGUGGUUUUGAGGGUGCACUUCUUCCUCCGACCUAUAGAAAGGAAAACGAAGGACACGCUGUCGAUUUCAUCAUAGAUACCUUACUGAACCAUGAGCCUGGAACUGUUACAAUUUGUACCAUUGGUCCCUUAACAAAUAUUGCUUUGGCAAUAAUUAAAGCUCCCGAAAUUAUGCAACAUGCCAAACAAAUAGUAAUGAUGGCAGGUGCUUUUUCAGAAGUAGGCAAUAUUACGCCGGCUGCUGAGUUUAACAUAUAUGUUGACCCCCAUGCAGCGCAGAUGGUUCUUUCUUUUGGAAUUCCUAUUGUUAUGAUUCCUUUGGAUAUUACUCAUCAAUUGCAUACAAGUGCCAAACGAAUCUCACGCAUAGAAGCUUUACCAAAUCGCAUUGGUCCCGUAGUUGCCGCAUGGUUACGUAUGGAAAAAGAAUAUGAAGCGAAAAAGUACGGAACCGACGGCGGUCCUCUUCAUGAUCCCAAUACUGUUAUGUGGCUUUUACGCCCAGAUCUGUAUUCCGGUAGAAAAGUUAAUGUACAAAUAGAAACGCAAAGUGAGUUAACUAUGGGUAUGAGUGUUGUGGAUUGGUGGCAGGUUGGUCUUUUGCCAGCUAAUGUACUGUUUUUAAGAACAGUAAACGAUGAUGAGUUUUACGAAGUUUUGAUAGAAAGACUUGGUCGUCUUCCCUAA